AUGGAUCCCAACGCGCCGCCGGACAUCGGUGCGCCUGCCGCCAGAUCUAUCACGCUGGAGACGGGCAACGAGCUGCUGAAUGCGACGAGACAGCCAUCACCCGCCGCGACAGGUGAGACGAACAGUCCGAUAUCUGGCACAGGCUCUGCCCCGCCAACACCCUCCCUCAAGACACCACGUGCAUCCAUGCGCCCACCAUCGCAACCUGCCACUUCCCCUGUCCCCGCACACGACCACUCCCCGCGCCCUCAGAAUGCGCCAGUGCGUCGCGCAUCCAGUUCCGCCAGCCUGAACCGACCCUGCUCGUCCCCGCGACUCGUCAAGAAGGGCUCGCGGAGCUCCUUGGGCGCCCAGCACGAGGACCACGAGAGGAGACCGACUCCGAAGCGAUCCAUAUCGAACCUCAUCUCCAAUCUCCGAGAGGCUCAGGCAACAAUGGAGGCUAUCGAAGAGCCGACACCUCGCACGGCUACAGAAAUAGCGACAGAACACUUCGCCAGAGAGCUGCUGGGGCAUUCAAACGCGGACUCGGAAGCGGACACGGUGGUGAUACUGCAUGACGCCUGCUAUGGACAUCGAUAUUCAAGGCUCAAGACCACCAAGACCACCCUCUCCAUGAUCGUCGAGCGACCCGAGCGGAUACAUGCGAGCGUCCUGGGAGCAUCAACAGCGUACGUCAGGCUGGGCGGGCAUCACGCGGAGGGAAAGCAGGCACCCCACCCCGAGCGGACAGAAGUGCGGAAUCCUCCUUUCAAAAUCAAGCGCACAGGGCGGUCGAUGGACAUCACAUCUCCAUAUGUGACGGCAGUCCAUGGAGCGGCAUGGAUGUCGGAGCUCCGAGGCAUGUGUCAUUCUGCGCCUGGGAAGCUGGCUGCUGGGACAGCAGAGCUCAGCCGAUCUUCCACGCCCGGAGAGCCAGAAAAGCAGACGCUGCACGAGGGCGACUUGUAUCUCGCACCGGGGUCUCUGAAUGCUUUUCAGGGCGCGCUGGGUGGUGUCGCAGACGCCGUCGAUGCAGUCUUCUCUCCUAGUAUCAAGACCAACAAAGCCUUCGUCGCGGUUCGACCGCCAGGACAUCACUGUUCAGCAGAUCAUCCGAGUGGUUUCUGCUGGUUGAACAACGUGCACGUUGGUAUUGAAUACGCAGCACAGACACACGGUCUUACCCACGCCGCAAUUCUCGACUUCGAUCUACAUCACGGAGACGGCAGUCAAGCUAUCACAUGGAAUCGCAAUAGCAAGAACCAUGUCAAACGCACGAAUGCUAAGCCGAACAGCAAGCUGAAACUGGGCCCAGACAUUGGCUACUAUAGUAUUCACGACAUCAACAGCUAUCCAUGCGAGAUGGGCGACGACGAGAAGGUACACGCAGCAAGCUUGUGCAUCGAGAAUGCUCAUGGUCAAUCUAUUUGGAACGUGCAUUUACAACCCUGGAAGACUGAAGACGAGUUCUGGCAGCUGUACGAAGAGCGAUACAGCAUCCUGCUUGAGAAAGCGCACAAUUUCCUGGAACACCACAACAAGCGCCUCAGGUCCGAAGGAAAAGUGCGGCCCAAAGCGGCCAUUUUCAUCUCAGCAGGCUUCGAUGCCAGCGAGUGGGAGGGUUCGGGGAUGCAGCGGCACAGCGUCAAUGUGCCAACAGAAUUCUACGCUCGCUUCACACAAGACAUCGUCAAACUCGCUCAGGGAAUCGACAGCUGCGGAGGCCGAGUGAUCAGCGUGCUCGAGGGUGGAUACAGCGAUCGCGCACUGUGCAGCGGAGUCCUCGGCCACUUGUCCGGUCUCUGCUGCUCUCCUGUUACAAUGGAAAGUGGUGGUCUUGGUGGUCUCAUGAGCCAGAUGAACGGCCUCUCGAUCCACGGAGUCGGCUCGCAAGACACGUUGCGAUAUAAGAAAGACUGGUGGUCCGCGUCCAAUCUGACCGCCUUGGAGAGUAAGGUCAACCCGCCACCACCACCACCGCAAGGGAAGAAAGGCCGCAUUGGACCCCAGCCAACGUAUGCAACGCCCACCGAAUCUUUUGCAUACAAGGUCAUCGACGUGCAAAAGUUUGCUCGCACGGUGUCAGGCACGAUGCGAGAGGGCACCAUGCCUACACGGCCACCGACUCCACCGCCUCCGGAGGUCGACUGGAUCGUCGCAACGCAAGAGCUCUCCAAACUUCUCAUCCCAACAGACCGACAGACGAAGAGCUGCACCUCUGAGGAGCUUGCCGUACCUCGCGGAAACAAGGAACGACACAGCGAUACGGGACUGUCGACAAAGGAGGCUGCCCAGCCCAGACAGCUUCGGGAUCGACGAGCGAAGGGCCCAGUCCAUGCUGAGGCACACAGUGACGAAUCGAGGUCUGUCAGUCGAGCAGAAAGUCGAGCCAGCCGGCGUGAGACGAUCUCGGUACUGCCGUCGGAGGAGAAGUCAUCGACGCAGCAACGGAGGGCAAGCAGGCGGCUCAGCGCUGUGAGUGCUGAAGUCGAUGGCGAUUCAGAUGCAAAUGCUCCACCUAUCCCACCACUGCCCUCCAGCAUUCCGGCAGAGCAAUCGAAGCCUGUCAGUAUGAAGCCACCGCCAAUACCUGUACCAAGCGUUCAGGCGAACGGCAAGAAAGUCCAGCCGCCCACGACUCGCAAGGUGAUUGCGCCAACCAUGGGUACAGUCCUUGCCGCCAAGACUGCGAAUGUCUCAGCACCAAUGAGUCGUUCGUCAACAAGCCACGGGCAUUCUACUGCUCCCGCUCCGAAGAACUCGGAUGUGGACAACCUCACGUCUGGCAUGAAGAGAAUCACCCUGAAGGUCAGCGGGACCAAAGAGGAGCAUGAUCGAAAGCAGAAGGAGAAGCUCGACGCAGAACGCAGAGCAAGAGCUCUAAAGGGUGCAGAAACGAGGAGAGUCAACGCUGCUGCGAAGAAGGCCGCUCUGGAGGAGAGGGCCGCCGCGCCGAACAACGCUUCUGGGGCAGCUCCUAGCACUGCGCAACCAAGCUCGGAACCUGUCGCGGCACCUAUCCAUCCUGGCGAUGCAAUGCAGGUGGAUGAAGCCACAGGAAACGCAAGAUCUGGUCCCGUCGCCGAAGCUGAUUGGAGCGUGUCCGCUGUACCGAUAGCUCAAGAACAGCACGCGGUCGAUUCUGCCCUGCACGCUGUUGCUGCUAACGGCAUGGACAGUACUCAAGCUGCACCUCAUGCUGGCCACCCGAUGGCUUUCAAUGCUCCAGUCCGGGAUCUAGACUUGCCCGUAUACACCAACAGCGGUGGGCGCACGAAUGUGUCACCAGCCUUGCAUUCAGCAGAGACCAUGGCUGCUAUACCCCCAUCUUCGACUGUCGGCACUUCCCCCGGCCCUUGGUACGACAGCCCUCGGCCAUCUCCCGACUACGGAAUCUUACCGCCCAAUGCACACUUCAUGGCGCCAGUUAAGUCAGAGGUGUGGAGAGAUCGUAUGCCAACAUAUCCCUCCGAAUCAAACAUACCGGCACCAGCUUCACCCGUCCGCCCAGUGAGUAGCAAAGGCAACCUUCCCGUGUUUAGCAGUACGGGACAUAUACCAUUUGCGCCAAGCUCGGGCAAUGCUGGCAGUCAGCCCAUCUCGAGCAACAAGCAGGAGACAGACGAGAAGAAUAUAUGGGAGGUGCCGGAGACACCUGCGAAGUGA